AUGGGGAACCAGCCGUCCAAGGGAGAGAAGGGAGAGAAGGGCGACAAAGCCAGCACCGGCUCGCAGACCCCCACAGGCCCCAGCUUGGACUCAUACCCGUCUUUUAGCAAGUCUGACACGAGGGAGUCGGCGCGCUCCUUCAGGACCGCCUUGCGCAACAAAGUUCCCGGCAAGUCAACAGCCGAUAGCCCCCGUGCCUCUACUACCAACCUGCCUGGCGACCAGUCUACGAGCAGUGUGGACAAGACAGACUCGCAAUCAGUCAAAUCGGCUACCAGUGGGAGGUCAGAUAGGAGGCACUCGCGGAAUCCGUCGUCUUCAGAAACACCGCGCAGAGGCAGCCUGGUGGACGAAGAUGAACCACAGCCACCGCCUUCACCGACAAUGUCGGCCAGUGUGGGAGGCGGACACAGCGAUCUAUCAGAGGCUCAGCGAAGCGGAGAGGUAGAUGCGGUCUCAGAUGCUCCUCCACAGGGAACGAUUCAUCAAUCGCAUAACAAGGAGCCCACUGAAUCCAUUCUGGUGAAGAAGACUUUGCCAAGCCAAGGUGCCGCCGCAGCUUUGCAGAUCGCCGCUGAAGUGGAUUCGCGGUCCGCAUCAACUCCUGGAAGCAUGGAUAUUGGUGCACUGAAACCGGCUGACCUAGACGACAUGAUCAAGCGUCUGGUAGACGCAGGCUACGCCGGCAAGGUGACAAAGACGGUCUGCCUGAAAAACGCGGAAAUCACUGCCAUUUGCACCGCUGCGCGAGAGUUGUUCUUGUCGCAGCCGGCUCUGCUGGAACUCUCGCCGCCGGUUAAGAUUGUAGGCGACGUUCAUGGCCAGUACACGGAUCUCAUCCGUAUGUUCGAGAUGUGCGGAUUUCCACCCAACAGCAACUUCCUGUUUCUCGGAGACUACGUUGACCGUGGCAAGCAAAGUUUGGAAACAAUCUUGCUGCUUCUUUGCUACAAGCUACGAUUUCCCGAGAAUUUCUUCUUGCUUCGUGGAAACCAUGAAUGCGCGAACGUAACGCGCGUCUAUGGCUUCUACGACGAGUGCAAGCGCCGUUGCAACGUCAAGGUCUGGAAGACGUUUGUUGAUACAUUCAACACCAUUCCUAUUGCCGCUAUCGUUGCUGGCAAGAUCUUCUGUGUGCAUGGUGGUCUCAGCCCUUCCUUAUCACACAUGGACGACAUUAGAAACAUUGCACGACCGACAGACGUCCCAGACUAUGGACUGCUGAACGAUUUGCUUUGGUCUGAUCCGGCUGAGAUGGACUCCGACUGGGAGGCUAACGAGAGGGGAGUCAGCUAUUGUUUUGGAAAGAAGGUCAUCAUGGAAUUUUUACAAAAGCAUGACUUUGAUCUGGUGUGCAGGGCGCACAUGGUUGUCGAAGACGGAUACGAGUUCUUUAAUGAGAGGAUCUUGGUAACCGUCUUCUCAGCACCGAACGUAAGUUGCUCACACCCUCAAGAUACGAGACCUGUGGCUGACUGUGUCUAGUACUGCGGCGAAUUCGAUAACUGGGGCGCGGUCAUGAGUGUCUCCUCGGAGCUGCUCUGUUCUUUCGAGCUUCUGAAGCCUCUUGAUUCCAGUGCUCUGAAGAGUCACAUCAAGAAAGGACGUAACAAGCGACAGAACAUGCUCAACAGCCCAGUGAGUGAAGCUCAAUGCUAAUGUCAUUAGCCAAUAGCUCUACUGACUACUCGAACAGCCAGCCAGCCAGUUUCCACAGAGUUACUAG